UUUCGCCACCCUGCCUUCAAGUCAACAACACUGGCCAAUGUGAAAUAAAAAGAAAUGAAAAAAAUGAAACAGAGUGAAUAAUAAAUCGUCAAAUAUCUCGUUCAUCUUGGUUUCCUAUUUGCUAAAAACCACACCAUCUCUUGAAUAAGAGUCUCAUCUUUGUAGCCUUCGAUUUCCUUCUUGUGUGAUCACAAGAAAGAAACGACAUGGCCAAGAAGAAGAAGAAGGCAGCCCAGGGGAAAGGUCAGCCGCUUAGCACUGAUUCAACCGAAGCGGAGAAAUCGAAGACGGUGGUAAAAGUGGAACCAGACUCUAAUAGUGUUCAAUCUGAAAGUCGCAUUGAAAGCCCGCUCGAAAAGGAACCCAUCAUGAGUGAUAAGAAGGUCGAGAAGACCAAGGAGGAGAUUUUGGCCGAGCGAGAGGCAAAAAAGGCCGCCAAAGCCGCGAAAAAGUCGGGCGUCAAGCCUUCUGAUUCCCAGGCAAAGCGCCCAGCGACGCCCCCCAAAAAUGAGGAUAAGUCCAAAGCCCAGAUCUUGGCCCAAAGAGAGGCCCAGAAAGCGGCCAAGGUCAACAAACAGAUUCCGGCCAAAGCCGAUAGUCCGCAGGACUCUAAGAUUUCGGCCAAUUCAGGGACACUUGAGUUAGCCGUGGCUCAAGAAACGAAACCUGUGGAUGGCGGAAAGACCAAGGCCGAAUUGAAAGCGGAAAGACGGGCCAAACAAGAAGCGCAAAGGGCCGCCAAGUUGGCGGGUGCCAAACCUGAAGGGGCCGAUUCGUCCAAGAAGGGCGUAGCUUCUCGUGGGAACAAGCCCCAAAUCCAAUCCCAACCGAGCAUCACUAAAUCAAAAGUUCAACGAGUUCCUGACGACAUGCAAGCAGAUAGGCAAAGUGUGGAAAAGAAGGUCCAGAAGAAAUUACAAUCGGCUCAAAUCCCCGCCCGAGUCAAAGCACAAAGAAAAGUGGUCUUGUUCUCGCAUCUUCACCAAUAUGAGCGAGAGUUGAGCAUGACUCGUGAAAUCCCGGUUGUUGGGGGAGUGAUUCAUUCAGCCAUUUUGGAGCUCGGUCUGCGAUAUUCUGAAGGCAUCAUCACCGGUUCCAAUGCUCGCUGCGUGGCUCUCAUGAACGCCAUGUCCAAGGUUAUCCGUGAUUAUUCGACUCCACCACACAAAGACCUGCCUCGAGAUUUGGAUUCUCGUAUUAAACCAUACAUCACGUUUCUCCGACAAUGCCGCCCGCUAUCUUUGUCUAUGGGCAAUGCUAUUCGAUUCUUGAAGACCAAGAUCAAUGCUUUAGAUCCCAGUUUGCCCGAGGACGAGGCCAAGGAGCAGCUUUUGGAUUCAAUCGACAACUACGUGCAUGAAAAUAUCGUUCUGGCUGCCAAGCAAAUUUCGAUCACAGCUCGAGAAAAAAUCCGCAAUGGAGAUGUCAUUAUGAUCUAUGGAUGCUCCUCACUUCUCCGAACUGUUUUAAUUGAUGCUGUUCAAGAAUCAAAACUCAAGAUUCGAGUCAUAGUCGUGGAUGGUCGACCCAAAUACGAAGGUCGUGAGAUGGUCCGACACUUGGUGAAUGCUGGAAUCAAUUGCACUUACGUUCAAAUAACGUCAGUUCCAUACAUGAUGCCUGAGGUGACCAAAGUCCUUUUGGGUGCCUACGCUGUCUUGGCCAAUGGCAGCGUGAUGUCCAGAGUGGGAACCUCGCAAGUUGCUUUGGUGGCCAAGGGCUUCAAUGUGCCCGUGUUGGUCUGCUGUGAGACCUACAAGUUUUCGGAGCGUGUCCAAACUGACUCGUUUGUCUUCAACGAACUGGGUGAUCCCGAUGAUUUGGUGGACACAGGCCGGCCUUCUUUCACCCCUUUGGAGGAUUGGCGGGAUUUGAACUCGUUGACACUCCUGAAUCUGACUUAUGACGUCACCCCCCCAACCCUGGUAGAUGCCAUCAUCUCCGAAGUAUCGGUCAUUCCCACCACAUCUGUGCCUGUCAUCCUCAGAUUGAAGAACAUCGACCACGUGGCUACUUGAGCACAGCCAGUUUUCCAUUGUUUAAUUGAUCCUUGUUAUGGGAGGUUGUUGGAGAAAGAAUAAAAAAGAAAUCCUA